UCGGGUAACUACUAAGACUCGAGAGGGUGGUGGUGGAGGAGUUUGGGGCUCCAUCUGGUGGUGACGUAACCGCUCCCAAUAGGCAGCGCGGACCAAUGGGAUCGCGGCCUGGAGUGAGAUAUUCGCGGCGCCGGCUGAGAGUGGGGGCUCAGAGCGCGCGCGCAGGUACACGGAGCAACAUCCACGGGGUGCAGAUGAUCGCGCUGUGACACCCGCGCCAGUGAGUCAGUGGCCACGGGAACAGGAGAGACGCGGUGUUGGCAGCAGCAGCAUGCAAGACGCCAGCAGCAGCGUGGCCACUGCGCCCUGCGCUCAGGGACCCAGUUGCUCUUACCCGGCCACGCUCGUGGCGCAAACCGGAGCGCCGCGCGGUCCCGGAGCGGGAACUCCCGAGCGCAGCCGAGCGAGCGAGCGUCUGGAGGCGAGUAUGGCCGGCUUGGCCGAGCUCGAGCUGCUGCGGAGGAGGCACGAGGCGCUGGUGCGGGGCGUCCUGGAAGCCCCCGCGAGUGCCGACCAGGAUCAGCAUCACCGCCAUCAACAUCCUCAUCAGCAUCAUUCGGGGAGCGUGAGCGCGCGCCAGCAACCGCUGGAGCGCGACUUCGUGGAGUCGCUCAGAGCGAUGAAAGAGCAGCUGGGCUGCCUCCCCCAGCGCGACCUCGGGCUCCUGUCGCGGCUUCGCCACCUGAACGAGCAGUUCAGCGAGCUCAAGAUGGACAUGGACAGAGCGGCCGUGAAGCAGUCAGAGACGGACAGCCGGCCCAGCUCCGGCUACUACGACCUGAGCGACGGCUCGCUCUCCAACUCGUGCAACUCGAUCUUCAGCGACUGCCUCUCGGGCUCGCGUUCCAGCCUCGGCUCGUGCUCCCCACCGGGUCGCGCCGCCCCGAGCCCGGCCAGCCCCGCCGCUGCCCCCGCCGCCGCCGAAACGCACCCCGGCUUCACCUCCGAGCUGCCGCUCUUCAGGGGGCCCGGAGAGCACCCCCGGGAGAUGUGCGGGCCCCUCCCGGCGGCCGGGGCCACCGCGGCGGCGAAGGUGGCCCUUCAGUGCCCCCAGCAGCAGGGCCGGGCCCGUGAGAGGCCUCUAUCCUCCGGGGACCUGCUGCGGCUCCGGAGCGAGACCUCGGGGGCUGGCACGGCGACCCGCCGCUCCCUGCCCGACGACCCCACGCCGGGCCCCCCGCCCCCCGCGGGCUGUCCCUCCGCCCGCGGCACCGAGGCGAGCGGCCGUUACGUCUCCGACCUGACGUCGCGAGACGGCAGCGACGUGUACCGCUACCCGAGCCCGCUGCACGCCGUGGCGAUCCAGAGCCCGCUCUUCCUGCACUGCCCCGGCGCCGCGUCGGGUCCUCACGACGCCAUGACGUCUCGACGUCCCGGCGGAAGCGAGCGGAGGCCGUGCUCCGGGUUCGUUCCGUCGCCGGGGCCCGUGCCCCUCUCGCGGGACGGUGUAGCGAACGAGAGGGUGAGCGGGUACAUUUGCAGCUUGCUUGACCGCAAACGCGCGCCAGGUGCGAGCGGAGGCAACGGAGCGAAACUGAGCAGGAUGGAGAGUUUUAAUGCCGGUCCCAACAUGCCCAUCACGAACGGGCGGCUCAAGCCCAAGCAUGAGGAAAAGCCAGUGACUCCGGAAAACAUCAAUCUGGGAGCAGAUCUUAAACCGGACACUUUACAAUGCGUGGACAGUUGCAAAGAGGUAAUUCCAGAGAAAAACGUGCAAACGAUCAAUGAGAGUGAAACUCCGAGGUGCCAUCAGCAGAGGUCCGAAUCCUCGCCAAGCCCAAAGUCCAAAGAGCAGCCGAAGCUCAUUGCCAAUGUGCUGCCUCUGAGAUGUAACGAUUCUCCAAAAAGAACCGGAGCCCUCCCCUCACAUUUGAGCCGUGUCAAAGGCUCAUCGCGCGUGGAGAGGUAUGAAGAAGACUCCAAGCCGUCGUCAUCAAGAGUGUCCCAUCAGGUACCCAGAGGCACGCACGCCACACCAGGAAAAGGAGUCGAACUGAGGUACAGGGAUGCCACAAGCAAGCAGCAGAUCGUCGAGGAGCGCUUCGCUCUGUCAAAGGACAGGUCCAGAGCACUGAAUGUGUCGAACCACGGAGCGGUCAUCAAAGCGACUCACGGAAAAUUGGACAAAAGGACGGGUGGACGCAACGUGGUGCCACGGGCCCAACCGAGAGCCGACGCGGGUAACUGCAGGACCAGCAAUGGGCACGUGCUUCUCAAGGGAAACAGGUCUGCGCAACCACAUCACCGCAGCAUGGAGAGCGUGGAGAGCAGACGCAAAGGGAGCGGCCGUAAAACUGCCAUUAAGAGCAGCAAGAAGUACGGGACGCACGCGGACUGGAACGGCGACAAGAGGCUCGGCCCAACAAAAGCGAGGCCCCCGAAGGUCGAGGAGCAGCGUGCGCGCAGGAGGGACGAGGACAGGAUGCAGAACCCGGCCGCUUGCGCCGAGCGGUGCUGCCGAGACGCCGUGUCGAGGGUCGAUGGACGCGACUGCCGCAAGAGCGCCGCCGCCGCUGCCGGUGGCAGUGGCCGAGGCGUCAAACGCUUGGCGCAGCAACCAAAGGGUCGCUCCCGGGAGCCCGUUCAGCCGCACGGAGCCGCGCACGGCAGAGUGCCGGCGCCGCCGCUGCCCCAGCAGCAGCCGCGUCACCGCAGGCGGCCGGCCCCGGCACGCGUCCGCGUGCACCCGCCGGCGCUGGCCCCGGCGCUGGCGCACGUGCGCAUGGCGCGCGCGUACGCGACGGCCGUCGCGCGGGCGGACAGUGACUCUGAGCGCUCGGAGUACUCCGCCGAGUGCGAGUCGCUCUUCCACGGCACGGUGAUGGACACGAGCGAGGAUGAGAUGAGCGACCACACGACCAACCGCUUUGGAGAUGGGGAGACGAGCGCCAGCGAGGGCGUCCCGUGCUCCGAAGUCGACGACGACGAUCGCGACGACGACGACGAGGAGGAGGAGGAGGUCGCCACGGACAGCGACGGCGACGCCGGCGGCUUCAGCGUGAGCACGGGUUCCUCCGCCUCGGACGAGGAGGACGACGUUGACACCGGAGGGCGGCAGCAGAGCAAGGGAUUGCCCCUCGCGGGGAGACGCGGCGGUCAAAAGGCUCCGGUGGUGGCGGCUCCGGUGGCGGCGAGGGGGCCGGAGGCGCGGGGAGGCGGCGGCGGCGGCGGCGUGCGGGGCCAGCAGCACGCCGCGUGCCGCAUCAAGGCGUCGCGGUCCCUCAAGAAGAAGAUGAUGCAUUUCCGAUCGGGCUCCCUGAAGGUCAUCACGACCGUGUGACUCGUCAGCUCUCGUGGACGAGGAGCCGAAUGAAGGACUGCUGCGAGCCCCUUCUGAGAUGGAAGCCGUUGCUUUAUUUACCUUGGCACACAUUGUUCCUCGAUUGCAUUUUGCACACAGCGCAAACAGUAGUAAUAAUGAAUAACAAACCUUUAAUAUUAUAUUACAGUCUGCAGUACUUAGGAACAUCGUAGGGUAUACAGUGCGUAUUCAUAUUCGUCCGUUGAGUUUUUUGGUAACCCAUACGGGCUCUCGGUGCUUUGUCUCUCACAGCCUUCCGUAUAUAUAUACAUAGUUAGCAAUAUGACAAUCUUAUUUAAGAUAAUAUCCCCCUUGUAUAACUGCACAUUUACAAAUGCUUAUGUUUGCAUGGUCAUGGAAUGGAGUUUUUUUUAUUGUGUACAAAUGUACAUUCGUAUACGUUUCGCUCGUGCUGUUGUCAUGUCGUAUUGUAAAUCUGUAAUCGUGCGUUCUUACGAUGUCAAAAAGCCAAGAGGUUAAUAAAUUCCUACAAACCCCUCCCCCUCA